GAUUCGCAAUCAUAUUUCGCGCACUACUGAAAUUCACGUGGGCUGAAAAGUACACGAGCGCCACUUCAGUGAACGUUCCGUGUUUAAAAUUAGCUGAAAUUCUUAUAAACCUUUAUAUCGUAGCACUGAAACACCGAAAAUUAAACAGCUGUGCGUGGUAAACUGCAUUUAAUAACUCGUCGUUGUGAAAAGUGCUGUGACAUUGAGGGAAUAAUGCCUUCGUUGUCUUCGCCAACACAAUCGAUGGAUACGGUGUACCCGGAACCCAUGUCGAGACUCCAUCGGCGGGUGGUGCCCAAGAAGAGAAGAGGGGGCUCUUCAAGGUACCGUACACAGCCUGUAACGUUCUCAGAAAUACAGGAAGUCGACGAGGAUAACAUCGAAGAUCCUAUCCCGGAAUCGACCACAAAAUCAGAACUCAACCUCCUCAAUAAGAAAUUCGAAGAGUUCAAACGAACCAGAGACUUAAUCCUUAGCAAAAGUGAUACAGAGAACGUUGAUAUAAAUAAAAAUUCAGUACCUUUGUCAGUAUCUAGAUCCGCGGGUCGGCUGCCAUCUAGACCCUCAUUUUAAUGUAAAUUUCCCAGAAACCUGAAACUGGACAUCGAGAAAUUUUCGACUGAACUCAGUCAAUAAAUAUUCUUCGAGAAUACCACGAAAUUACUUUCUUACGCGGGCUUUCAUAUUUUUAGACACAGUUCCUAUGGAGAAAUGCAGCGAGUUUUUUGUACAUACAUAGUAUUUUUAUCAUUGUGUUCCUCCGACUCAGAUCUUUAAUAACGGGUUAUUUGAAGAGAUUAAAUAAUGCGCUAAUCACGGGGCUUAAUGCUUCGUAGCGUAUUCAUAAAUACAUUCAUUAUUCGCGCAAAGUAUGCAAUAAAUUUUUUUUUUGGAGGUUGUGUGUAAUUUCGUCAAAUCUGCAUGUGUUGGGGAGUUGAAUGGUGGCAAUUUACUGCAAAAAUACUGCAAGAGAAGGCAUACCUAUCCAUUUAUUUUUAGCUGCUAUAUUUUGCCAAAUUCGUUUUCAUUUUGACUUAUUACCAAUUCCAGUCAUGUUUUUUGUGAGGCAAAAAGCCACUUGUAUAGCUUUUUUAACGAUAACUUUCUUUUAAAUGAUAACAAAAAUGGCAGCUAAUUCACACACACACACAUGACAUUGAUAAGUGCCUUUAAUACACUGCCUUUUUUAAGCGUUGCUAAUUGCAUUUACCUACUUUGACCACAUUAAUCCCUUUUACAAAUCGGUUCACCUUGGUCAUGAUUAUUUUUACUUAGGUAUGAAGAAUGCUCAGACAUUGAUUGAUUAACGAUUCGUUUGAGUUUUUUAACGUUAUUUAACUACAGGUCAGAUUACAACAGUCCUGAACUACGUUUUGGGAGUAUUUUACAUGUAUUGCUGUAAAGUAACAGGUUUGGGUUUCUUACUUACCAUUGCUUUUUUAAUAAAAUAUGGUUGAUUAAAUAUUCCUUAACAGUUCAAAAAUCAUUACUGAGGAGUGAAGUAAUUAAUUUAUGCAUCUGAAAUGAAAAAACUUAUUGAGCAGCUAUAUUUUUAACCAUAUUAGCAAUUCUAAUGUUAAGUGUCCAGAGUGUGCUUGAGGAUUGCCACCAAUUAAUUUCUCGAUGUCCUUGAUGUAAAAUGCAGUUAGUAGAUACUUAGUUAAGUGUAUAUUUUAUUAAGUCUUUGUAUGAAAUUAGGAGGUAGAUUUGUAUACAACAAUGUAGUAAUAAUAUAAUAACAGUAUGGAAUAGUUUAAUUUCAUACUUCCUAUAUUUAACAUGGAACGUCUUUGUGUAAAUAACAUUUUAUAUUUAUAUAAUAUACUUUUGCGUUAUAAAUUAUCA